AUGAGCAGCGUUCGGAGCCAGACGAGCGACUUGGGUUAUGACGGAACCGGACCCCGGAAGACAGAAAAACCGGGUGGAAAUGCGACAGGAGAAGCUACAAGAAGCUCAUCGAGCAAUAGUAACAAGUCAAGGAUAACGUUCGAGAAGCAAAAAGUUGUUCCUAGGGCCAGAACGCAGUCGGUACAGAGUGUCUUGAGCUGUAUAUCCUUGCGCAGCAUGAUGGGUAAACCAGCCCACGAUGAAUCCUCGGAAGCGUCUCAAAAUCAGUUGCCAACGAACAACAGCCAGCACUACGCGAAUUAUAACAGUAAUACCACCAAUAAUAAUAAUAAUAAUACCACCAAUAACAGCAGCAGCACUUUCACUAAGAAUGUUCCCUUCACACAGCAGAUUCAGUCUCCAGCCAUGACGUCGGUAGCGCAGAAACGCACUUCCAACUCGUUCUUCAAAGAUGGAAUCGGCCAGAAACUGCCCUUUACCGACAACAGAAGGAAACAGCUGGAAGGCGACAGGUCAACGGCAAAUUCCAGGGCCAGCAACAGAAACGCCGUAUCGGGUAACGUAAACGGUGGAAAACUCAAUUUUAAGGACGGCCAAAGUGCCUCGGAUUCGGGAACUCCUUCAGGAAUCAAUAGCUCGAAAAAAACUGAUCUAGAACCGGAGGACGAAGCCGAACAACAGAAACGACUCACUACAGAUGCUCUGCGUCGACUUUCGAUGAUGAGAAACGGCAAUAGUGGUGUUGGCAGCCCCAGCACGAAUGUUGUUGACAUUGAAGGAACCACUUAUGCACAGUCUUCUGAACGGCCAUCUUCACAAGCUGCAGACGUUGACUCCACCCCGACUUUUCGUGACAUUUACUGCGAAGAGCCCGCAGCGCACAUGCAAUUUGGAGGCAAAAAUAUCGUUCUGGACUCGUCCAUUCCAAAUAAGAGAGCAUCGAUAGCACCUGUCAGAAACCCGCUUGACAAGCUCCCAUCUGCUCUGGAAACUAAUAGCAGGCAAAGGCCAAAAUCCAAGCGUCCCCUGCGGCAGAUGAACGAGCCGAAAAAACCAUUAUACACGCCUGCGGUCUUGCGGGACAUCUCCGAGACAAACAUAACCAAUGCCGAGCUGGGCUCGCCGGGACCUCCCGUCUUAUUUUUGGAAAAUUCGGCCGUACAGACGACGCGGAGCAGUGUGAGAAGUCUGAGAUCAACGUCAUCUUCGAUGAUCUCCGACUAUGCCAAGAAGCUCGGCUCACUGUGGAGUAAAGAUCACACCAAUCUCAACGCUGAGGUUCUCAGACCUACUCGUGAUCACUGGAUAGCUGACAAUAAAAGACACUCCUGUCAUUACUGUCACCGUAUUUUCACUUUCUGGGAGCGUAAGCAUCAUUGCAGGCAUUGCGGAGACAUUUUCUGUUCUCAACAUGUAAGACAUUGGCUUUAUUUGGAUAGUAACGCCAAGUUUCUCAUUGGGGGAGCGGGUGCUGGUGCUUUAUCAAAAAUCUGUGAUGGAUGUCUUCAGGAGUAUGAUACACUUGUGCGUGAAGGUCCAUCUACUGACAUUAAUCCGAGCAGUGACACCCCAAAGUCUACGACACCCGUCCCCGGGGCGAAAGACACUUCAAGUCAGAAAACUUCUGUCGAAGAAGGAAAAAGAGGUCGCUUGGAAAGCAUUGUGGGUAGCGUUCCGGCGGACUGGAAUUGGAGUAGCUUCUGA